AUGGAUCCGUCAACUGUUAUCCGUCGUCGUGUUGAUAAUAUAAGAAAAAGUGAUUGCGAUCCAUGGAAUUAUCGUGGAUUAGAAUUAUCAAAUGGUUUAUUAAUUGUUCUAGUUAGCCAUCCAACUAUGGAUAAAGCAGCUGUUGCUCUAGAUGUUACUAUUGGUAGUAUGCAAGAUCCGGAUGAAGUACCGGGAAUUGCACAUUUUUGUGAACAUAUGUUAUUUAUGGGUAGUGAAAAAGUUAGUAUUCUAAAUGUAUCAAUUUCUGAGUAUCCCGGUGAAAAUGAGUACGAUAAAUUAAUUCUUAGUAAUGGUGGUCAAUAUAAUGCUUAUACAUCGGGCGAUCAUACGAACUAUCAUUACGACAUUAAUCCAAGUCAAUUAUAUGAGUCGUUGGACGUAUUUGCACAAUUUUUUAUUGCACCCUUAUUCAAUUCAAAUUCAACGGAUCGUGAAUUAUUGGCUGUUAAUAGUGAAUAUGAAGGUUAUGUAGCUGACGAUGGUUGGCGUAUACUACAAUUAUUUAAAUCAACGUCCGAUUCAAAACAUCCACACUCAAAAUUUAAUAUUGGUACUAUCGAAACGUUAAAAUUGAUACCGAAACAACUGAAUAUUGAUGUACGCCAAUUAUUAUUAAAAUUUCAUCAAACGGAAUAUUCAGCGAAUAGAAUGAGUUUAGCUGUUGUAGGAAAUCAAUCGUUGGAUGAUUUGCAGUCAACUGUCGUUAAUAUUUUUAAAGAUAUACCAAAUAAAAAUUUAUCGAUUCAGAACUAUCCAAAUGAUCCAUUUGGAGAAGAAAAGAGAAAAACUAUAUGUUAUGUAUUACCUGUCAACGACUGUCGUCUACUAAAAAUGUCUUGGGUCGUACCGGAUUAUCGUGAUAUUUAUUAUGCUGAACCAAUAACCUAUCUAACUUACAUAAUUGGUUAUGAAGGUGAAGGCUCCGUAUUAUCAUAUUUAAAAAAAUUAGGUUUAAUAACACAUUUAAACGUGUCAGAAGGACAAAGCAGUGCACGGGGUUUUAGUUUUUUUGAAAUUGUCAUUCAGUUGACACCUGAAGGAUUAGAACGAUGGAAAGAAGUUAUACUACACAUAUAUCAAUAUAUAUCUAUGCUUAAACAAGAAGCGCCAAAAGAAUGGAUAUUUCAAGAAAGAAAAACUUUAGCAGCAAUGAAGUUUCAGUUUGAUGAAAAAGAUCAACCACUUGAAUUGGUCCAACAUUUAGCUUCUAGUAUGCGAGAUUAUCCAUUGGACGAAUGUUUAAGUGGCGAUUAUGAAAUGAGAGAAUUUUGUCCAGAUUUGAUCAACGAUUUAUUGGAUAAUUAUUUGCUGCCAAGUAAAAUGAGGUCUGUCUGCCAAAUAUUUCUAAUUGCUCAAGAUUUUUCAUCAAUAACAACGGAAAAAGAAAAAUGGUUCGGAACACAAUAUAAACUCGAACGUUUAUCAGAUAAAUUAAUUCAGAAAUGUGAAACAUAUGAAUUAAAUAAUGAAUUACAAUUUCCACAAAUUAAUAAUUUUGUACCAACAGAUUUUCAUUUAUAUUAUCAAUCACAACAACAAAAUUGCGAAAAUGAAUUUUAUCGUUUAUGGUUUACACAAGAUAAUUUUUAUAAAUUACCAAAAGCAUUUUUAUGUUUUGAUUUUCGAAACCCAUUAGCAGAUUUUGAUCCAAUUCAUGAAAAUAUGAAUCUAAUGUAUUGUUUAUUAGUUGACGAAUCAUUAAAUGAAUCUCUUUAUCUAGCAAAGAAGGGCGGUUUAGCAUAUGAUUUAUCACCAUCAGCAGAUGGCAUUCAAUUGAUCGUUUGCGGUUAUAAUCAGAAAUUAUCAACAUUAUUAAAUAAAAUUAUUGAUAAAAUGAUAAAUAUACAAAUAAAUCAACAACAAUUUGAUACAUAUAAAGAAUUGGUUAGACAAUCCUUACAAAAUCUUCAGUGUCGAGUACCCUAUGAACAAGUUGAUGUUCAAUACUUAAUAACUGAACAUGUUUGGGCUAGGGAAGAAUUGUUAAGUUGUAUUGAUGGUAUAACAGUACAUGAUUUAGAACUAUUCAUACCACGGAUGUUAAGUCGAUUUUAUAUUGAAGCGCUAAUGUAUGGUAAUUUAACAAAAGAGCAAGCACUUGAUUAUAUGACAAAUAUACAACAACAAUUCCACAAUAAACAAUAUUACCAGCCAUUAUUUCCGACAAUGUUGGUGAACCAUCGUUCUUUAAUUUUACCUGAAGGAUGCAAUUAUGCCUAUAAACAGACGAAUGAUGCGCAUCAAAUCUGUGCUAUUGAAAUAUAUUUACAAUGUUUUGAACAAACAUUAAAAAAUAAUGCAAUAAUGGAAUUAUUUUGUCAUUUGGUCAAAGAGUCAUGUGGUGAUCAAUUACGUACAAAAGAACAAUUAGGUUAUGUUGUGUUCAGUGGUUAUGAGCGAUCUGAUUCUGGUAAUUCUCAAGGUUUUUAUAUUACAAUACAAUCAUCGUUGAAAUUAGAUUAUGUUAAUUUAAGAAUUGAGACGUAUAUUGAUUCAAUAAGAGAAUAUAUAACCACAAUGUCCGACGAUAUUUAUUGUAAACAACGUGAAGGUUAUAUAAUAAAAAAACUUGAAAUAUCAAAAAGUAUGUCCGAACAAGGUAUACUAUGGUUUAAUGAAAUAGUCAAACAUCAAUAUUGCUUUAAUCGUUCACAGUUACAAACAGACAUCAUAGCCACAUUAGAGCGUCAAGAUUUAUUAAAAUUUUAUGAUCAUUAUAUAGCACCAAAUUCCGUUCAUCGUCGUAAAUUAGCUGUACAUGUAGUACCAUCGCCAUUAGUCGCCGCCGAAAUAAUCCAAGAGCCAACGACUCCGACUCCUGUACUCACAUCACCAUCAAUCAUAGCAUCAACACCAAUGUCGAAUGGUGAUGCAAAAAUAAUUCGAACAUUACAGCGACAACAAAAUAUCAUAUCACCACCAAUAACACCCUCAACACCAAUAUCAAAAGACGAUGGAACAAGAAUUCGAACAUUACAACGACAACAAAGUAUCAUGUCACCACCAAUAACACCAUCAACACCAAUGUCGAAAGACGAUGGAACUAGAAUUCGAACAUUACAACGACAACUAAGUAUCACAUCAAAAACAAUUGCUACACCCAUUGAAAAAUUAACAGUAGAACCAGUUAUUUGUAAUUUACCAAUUGCUAAAGCAUUGGACGCACCAAUGAAUCAAACUGAAUCAACAAAUGAAAUAAUGAUUGAAAAUAUAAUGAAAAAUGAAAAACAAUUAACGUUGCCUGAAACCGUAUGGUUAGAGAAUAUUCCAAAAUGGAAAAGCACAUUAUCUUGUUAUCCACUUGCACAAUCCUAUGCAAAUAUUGAUUUACCAGUAUAA